CUGAAAAUGGAUGUAGUUGAAAGGUUCUUGUCGCUAUGUUUGUAUAGAUUGUUCAUGGAAGUAACACACUGAAAAGAACGCUGAAGUGCGGAUGUUUUAUGUAAAUAUACAGAUUGGAAUACAAUGUCUCACAGCACAUACAAUAGACUCUGGUCAGAAGCUCACAAAGAGCUCAACUGUUUGCUUGCUCAAGAACUUCCUAAAGAACCUCACCGCCCUGAGAAAGACAGAGUGGUGUUCUUUCAAAGGCUUGUCACCCUCUACGUCCAUUACAUUCAGAUCUUUAGGCAACUAGAAGAGGCCUAUGACCAAAUCAUUCACCCUCAGAAGAGGCGUGUCAUUAGACCAGUGCUGGAAGGUGUGAUGGGCCGUAUUCUGGAGCUCAAAAAUGAAAUGGUGGAAAAGGAAUUUUCAGAGUACCACUAUAUGGAUGACAUCGUUCAAGAUCUGAAAUUAACCCCUGAGGACCUUGAGAUUCCAAUCCCCAGGUAUUUCAUCCGAGAGCGGAGCAAAGUACUGCAAGAAAGAGAUGCAAUGUUUGCUACUGUUUUAAAUCAAAUGAAGCCCAUGGACAAGCCAGAACCUCAUGUAGUGCGUAUGAUGACCCUGGAGAGAGCAGUUAAAAUCAUUCAGGUGUCUGAAAGAGCACGACAAGGUCGACUGAGGGCGAAGUUCAUGAGAGAGAUCAAUAAAAGUUCUGAGAGACAGAAGAAAGAACAUGAAGCAAUAACAUCCAACCAGGCUGCAGUUACUAUUCAGAAGGUAUGGAGAGGCUAUGCGCAAAGAAAAAAGACCAAAAAGCUUUGGGAAGAGGAAAUGAUAUUUCUUGGAAUGGCCAUGGAUCCAAAACGGUCCUAUCCAUCCCCAUUGACACUGAUUGUCCAGAACAAUGAGGCCAACAGACGGAUCAGACAAGAAGAUCAUGAAGAAGACUAUCAAAAGUCAAUUGGCUCUGUUAUUUAUCAGCUCAGGGAAGUGGAGGGUCCAGAAAUUAAGGAGGCUAUGAAAGAUCAGAUUCGACAGUGGUUCUUGGAGUGUCGUGAUGCCACAGGUUCAUUUCCUGAUUACCCAGAGGAGGAGGAUGGAGGUUCAGCUCUUCUGUUUGCUGAUAAAACACCUGAGCAGUUGGCAGAAGAGCUGGCUGCUAAGGAAGAGGAAGAUGCCAACAAAAAGCAGAAGGGAAAAGAGGAGGUAAAGGAAAAAGGAAAGAAAAACAAAGGAAAAGUCCAAGAUGAGGAGGAAGAGCCUGGACUGAAGAUGCUACCAUCCGCUUAUUUGGAAGAUCUUGAGAGGGGACACAAAACAUUUGCUGCGGUUUGGCAAAACAGAAACGAGUCCAAGAAUUUCAGUCAAAGACACGAGACAGAGCUGAUAAAAGAGGAGAAAAGAAAAGAGAUUGAAGUGGAAAUUAGAAAACAGGUGGAUGAACUGAUGAGACAGGAACUGGCUAAUUGGAAGCUGGCUGUGGAUAAAGAAAAGAUUGGAAAGUCCAAAGGGGCUGCAAAGAAAAAGAAGGCUUUAAAAAAUGGAAAAAGGAAAAAGAAGGACAAAGAUCUUACAGCGGAUAGGACUAUAGAAUCACUAUUUAAGGAGCUGGUUGAACAGGAAUUGCUGAAAAAGCCAAAUAGUGUUAAACUACAAGAUUAUCAAGGGGACUAUAGUUAUCUUGGAACAACUCUGCGACAGUCUGAUAUUGAACCUAUGCCAUCUUUAUCUGAUGUUCGGCAAGUUGUAGCCCUGUAUGCUGUCUUGCCAUUAGGUUCCCAAACAGUUCAUGAGAAAGUUCCCCUAGUGAAGUCGAUGCUGCUAGCGGGGCCAUCAGGAGUGGGAAAGAAAAUGUUGGUCCAUGCCAUCUGCCAGGAGACUGGAGCCAACCUGUUUGACCUUUCACCUUUAAAUGUGGCUGGGAAAUACCCUGGUAAAAGUGGACUCCAGAUGAUGCUGCAUAUGGUGUUUAAGGUAGCCAGAUUGAUGCAACCUUCUGUUAUAUGGAUUGGAGAUGCUGAAAAGAUGUUUUACAAAAAAGUACCAAAAGAUGAAAAGGAGUUAGAUCCAAAGCGCCUGAAAAAAGAUUUGCCCAAGAUUCUCAAGUCCAUCAGAGGAGAAGAUUGUGUUUUGGUAGUGGGAACAACAAAUGAUCCACACAGUGCAGACCUAAAGUCCUUAUGCAAAUUCUACAAUAAGAUCAUCCUCAUACCUAGACCAGACUAUGCAUCACGAUAUGUAAUGUGGAAAGAGCUGAUAAAAAAGAAUGGAGGAGAACCGACCAACAAUCUGGAUCUGAGUUCUCUGGCGAAGAUCUCUGAUGGCUAUACGCCAGGUCACAUGGUGCAGGUGGUUAAUAGCGUCCUGACCGAACGGCGCAUUCAGCAACUUGCAAAACGACCCCUAACCGCUGCAGAGUUUGUGACUCCGCUUGCAAGAAUCGACCCAGUGUUUCAGGAAGAAGAAGCAGCUCUUAAAAACUGGUACGCCAAGACGCCCCUUGGCAAAAAGAGGGUUAAGGCUGCCCUUGGUAAAGAUGGUGAUGAAGACGUACCAACAAAAGAUGGGAAAGGUGGCAAGAAGAAAGGAAAAAAAUAAUAAUCUAAUUGUUAAUGUGACCAAGCAGUAUUUCAUUUUCCUGCCUGUGGUAAUAAACAUUUAAAGUGCCGCUAGGUGU